AUGGCUUCGGAGCUUACGCCGCCGGACCAGCGGCAUGACUACCUCCACCAGCACCCGCAACCCCCGUUGCCGCCCUCCUCGUCGUCGUCGGAGCAGAGGCAUCCCGUCGGCGUCCACUCCCUUCAGGCCGUCCCUGAACCCUCGGUGAUGAAGUUGACGCGAGGCCAUUCAUGCGUCCUUUGUCAGCAGCGCAAGGUCCGUUGCGACAAGCAGAAACCCUGUGCCAACUGCGUCAAGGCCGGUGUCGAGUGUCGCGUCGUCCCGCCCCAGCCGCCUAGGCGCCGCAAGAAGAAGCCGCAUGAGCGGGACCUCAUCGACCGCCUCAAGAAAUAUGAAUCCCUCCUCUCGCAGCACGGCGUCAACUUUGAGCCCAUUGCCCACGACCUCAAAACCUCGGAUUCCAUCGACGAUGUUGCCGACCUGGAGCAGGACCUCAGCGGGCUCAAGACAUCCCCUUCGAGUGCCGCAGAUCAUGUCUCGCCUAGCGAUCAGGGAUAUGACAAGCAAAAGUGGUUUCCAUAUAACAAGGAGUUUCGAGCCAUGGACGAGGAGCUUGCGGAUUCCUCCGAUGAGGAUUGUGAGGGGCCAACACUCCAUCAUGCAUACGACACGAUGUUCGAUAACAACGAUGGCUUCCCUUUCGUCGUCGGCGGAUCUCCAACCAGCGUGACCAACUCGCACCCGUCCUCGUUCCAAAUAUUCCAGCUAUGGCAAACCUACAUCACAAAUGUCAACCCUCUCUUAAAACUCAGCCAUACCUCUUCUCUACAGAAGCAGAUCAUAAGUGCUGGCGCAAAACCCGCAAAUAUCCCCAAGCCUUUGGAGGUUCUCAUGUUUGCCAUCUACUUCGCAGCUGUCACAUCGAUGACAGCUGAAGAAGUCCAGACCGAGUUUGGGGAAGACAGGACCAUACUCUUGGCGAAAUAUCAUGGCGCCACACAGCAGGCUCUGGUCAAUGCUGGCUUUAUGAGAUCAAACGAGAUCAUGACCUUGCAAGCUUUUCUGUUGUAUCUUCUCUGUGUCCGCCAAUACGUUGACCCACGCUCAAUGUUUUGCUUGAUGGGCAUCGCCGUCAGAAUUGCGACCCGGAUAGGCAUUCACAAGGAUGGACAACAGUUUCGGUUACCUCCAUUUGAGGUGGAGCAACGAAGACGUCUAUGGUGGCAGAUUGUGAUUCUGGACAAGCGAAUAGCGGAGAUCACCGGUUCGGCCAUUACGGCGUUAUCGAGCUGCGGCGGUGAUUGCAGAUUCCCCCUGAAUAUCAACGACUCGGAUCUCAACCUCCACGGAAAGGACUUCCCGACUCAGUACCCCGGCCCGACCGAAAUGCUGUUCACCCUCACCCGGAUCGAGUUAACGGUUGCCGCGGAGCCUAAUGGACUCCGUGCUGUCGUGACUACACCUGGAGGGACUCGCGUCACUCAGCCGCGAGUGCAUUUCAGCCCAUCCCCGGCGUCACCAGAUGUCGUUACCCACGUUGCAAACACCAACCUGCCGCGCGAUUUGGAAAGUUUUUGCACGUAUAUGGAAAAUGCUUACCUCAAGUAUUGCGACCCCAAGGUACCUCUGCACUUCUUCACCCUGUUGAUGACAAGGCAAGCGCUCUGCAAACUCCGAGUCAUCGACUUCCUCUGUCGCGAAGCCACCCAGGGUAUCAUGGACCACAAUGAACGAGACGCGCUUUUUGAGCAGGCCGUUUUGAUGGUUGAAUAUGACAACAUGUUGCAGGGCAAUGAGCUUUUGAAAGGAUUCAAGUGGUACACCAUGCUCAACUUUCCGUUGCCGGCCUACAUUUUCCUUGUGCAGGAUCUGAGGACGCGCACGACUGGUGCGCCCUGCGAGCGUGCCUGGACUCUUAUGAUCGAGAACUUGGAACGGCGUGGCUUGACUAGCAAUUUGCGCACACCGAUGCAUAUCGCUCUCGGCGGCUUCUUUGUUAAGGCCUGGGAUGCCCACGAGGCGGCGCAGAACCAGCUAGGACGGCAUCUACAGACGCCCAAAAUAGUAACUCUGAUGCGCAAUACGGCAGCCAAGUUCAAACGACCAAAUAGUCCUCCGCAAGUUGGUAGUGGUCCAGUUGGCGUUGUUGGUGGCGGCAUGUCAAUGUCAUCGGAUCCACGACAAUCCGUUCCCAACUCGGCUACGCCGCCAGGAAUGAUGCCCGUGGCAUCCAUGCCUCCUGAUAUGGCGGGCAUGACAGGCCCUCAUGGGCUUCCUGGCGUUAGCAUGCAGACGGGCAUGUACACUACACCCAAACAGAUGCAGCAAACGUCACAGACGGAUACGUCACCGCAAAUGGGCUCAGCCAACAUGAUGAUGAACGAUUCGAUGAUGUUUGGAUCGCCAAACGGAGGCUUCGAUACCGGAAUGGGCCAGAUGUUCGGAGCUGGACCGUCAGCGCCAACGCCAGCGGGCUCGAUGGAUCUCGAUAUUUCGCAGAUGGAUUGGAACUAUCUGGUGCAGUUGAGCUCUUUCGGAGGGUUCAAUCCGAACUACUCGGCGCAGAUGCAGUACCCUCAUCAACCGGGUCCGGGGAAUCAGUGA